AACUUUCAGGAACUCAGGAACUGAGUGACAAUCAGACCGAAGAUGAAAAAAAGUGAAAGUAUAUUAUGGUCUUGGUUUAAUACUCUCUGCGUAGUUUUGGUCUGAUAGUGGUCAACUGUAAUAUUCGACUAAACGACUUCCAUCAGAAAUUCAAUCAAAAUUAAUGGGAAUUAAGUCAAAAGGAUAUUUCUCCAUUUUUUUGGGAUUAUAACUGUGUUUUUGAAAGUCAUCAUGUCCUUUGCAUCUGAAGAAAUAAUCCCAUAUGAUCCUGAGAUUUAUCGAUCACCAGCGGAGUUAUACUCAUAUCUCACCAAUGUCGGAGAACUUCACGAUGAGCAUGGCUGGGAGUACCACUCUGACAGGGGCAUGCAUCAGAGUGACAUGUUGGAAAUCUCCUCACAAGGGAAUCAUCUGACAGAGCUCCAGAGUGUCCAUUCCCAACAGCUCCUCCACCCUUAUCGCUACCCCGAUACCGACACCCUCCACCUGCCACUAGCAGACCCAGGACUGGGACCCCUAACCCUAACCUCACAGAUGCCGUACUACAACCACACAGUGUAUUACCAGCAACAGGCCCCUGUGUCCCCUAGUUACUACUGCUCAGAGGAGGAGGAACCUGUGGGCCACAGUCCCCCACUGGAGGUAUCUGAGGGUGAAGAAGAGGACUAUGGAGACCAUGUCCCUUUUGGGGGAGACUCCGGUAACAAGAGGAAGAUCCGGCUGUACCAGUUCCUCCUGGACAUGCUGAAGAACGGAGACAUGAAGGACAGUAUGUGGUGGGUGGACAGAGAGAAAGGAAUCUUCCAGUUCUCCUCUAAAAACAAGGAGACUCUGGCCAAUCGCUGGGGCACGCAGAAAGGGAACAGGAAGAGGAUGACAUAUCAGAAGAUGGCCAGGGCCCUGCGGAACUACGGCAAGACUGGAGAAAUCAGAAAGGUCAAGAAGAAACUGACCUACCAGUUCAGUCCGGAGGUACUGAGGAAAGUCUCGACUACAGAGAGGAGGCACUACCCUCACUAGGAGUACCAGAGAUUGUUAAUGUAAUGCCACUGUAUUACAGGCUUUGGGAGUAGGCCUAACCUCACUGCUAAUGUCUUGAAAAUAGGACAAUAAUGACUGUCUACUGUGAUUGUAUUUCAUUACAUUUAAAAUGAUACCCCAGAAACAAUCAGGUAACAUUAAACAUGUCGAUGUUUAGAUUUUUGUUAUUGGUGUUUGCAUAUUCCAUGUUUAUUUAUUUACUUAACAAGUCGUCGUGUGUCACGUGUUACAUUAUCUUAACUCUUGACUCUAUCUUUGUGUCUGUGAUGGGAAGAAAAAAAAAUAAAGUAUAUUUUUUACAUA